UACUUCCGGCCCCGGCGCCAGUGGUUCCGCCCCACGACGGGGAUGGUCCUGGAAGGUCCUGGCCCCGCCCCUAGUCACGUGGAGGAAAUUGCGCUAGAACCAUGGAGCCGGCGGGUGUGUCGCUCGGACCCACGGAGCAGACUGUGCUUCUGAACAGUGGAACCCGCAUGCCCCUGCUUGGCAUGGGCACUUUCCGCCUGCAGGGUGCUGAGCUGGUGUCCCAGUGUGUGGAAGCUGCCCUAGCCCAUGGGUACCGCUCCUUUGACACAGCUGCCGUCUAUCACAAUGAAGGGGCUAUGGGGCAAGCGCUGGGGGCCCUGCUUCCCCUUCAUGGCUUAGAACGCUCUGACAUCUUCCUCACCACUAAGCUGGGACCACAGGACCAGGGCAAGGCCAAAGCUGAGGCUGCCUGCCUGCGAAGCCUGGAGCAGCUGGCCUGCGGCUACCUGGAUCUUUAUCUCAUCCAUUGGCCAGGCACACAGGGCAAGCCCCAAGAGGACAAGGGCAACCGGGAGCGACGCUGGGAGAGCUGGCAGAUACUGGAGCAGAUGCACCAUGCUGGGCACCUACGGGCAAUUGGUGUUUCCAACUACACCCUACAACACUUGCAGGAGUUGCUGGCCCAUUGCCGGGUGCCACCAGCUGUUCUGCAGGUGGAGUUCCACCCAGAGCUGCCCCAGCGGGAGCUGUGGGACUUCUGCCGGCACCAUGGGAUCCAUCUCCAGGCCUAUGCUUCACUUGGCUGUGGGCAGUUGUUGGGGCGGGCAGAAGUAGAGCGGGUGGCAGAGCGCCGGGGGCGCACCCCUGCUCAGGUACUUCUGCGCUGGGCCUUGCACCAGGGUGUGGGGGUGAUCCCCAAGUCUGCCAGCCCCACGCGCUUGGCUGAAAAUGCCCAACUCUGGGGUUGGGACCUCAGCCCAGAGGACAUGGCUGAGCUGGCGGGGAUGGACUGCAGCAGGCACUACUGCUGGGACCCCAGUGGAGUGACAUAAAGUGGAAGGUGCAUGUGUGUAUGGGGUGGUGUUGGGGGGUAGGAAUGUGUUUUGGGGGGCACCAUUGCAGGAAAAGGGAUGAUGGAACUUGUGGCUGGAAGGUUGGUACUGCGACAGGUACAUUGUAGUGGGGAAACACAGUGACGUGGGGCAUGGUGGCAUGCAGAUGUGGCCACUGGAGGCAGUGGCAGAUGUGUGUGUCUGUGGCUGGAGGGGCAGUGCUGCAGGAGGGGCACAGGAUGGUAGAUGCAUGUGAUCUGGGGGAGAGGGGACUGUGCUGAGAGGGUGUCAGGCAUGUGGGAUAGGUUGGCAGACAUGCCUGACUGAAAGGGUGGUACUUCAGGAGUGUCAGAAUUGUAGAUGCAUGUGGUGGGGAGCAGUGCUGCAGGCAGGGUGACAGACAUGGCUGGAAAGUGUUGCUGCAGGAGGGGGACAGGUUGGUAGGCACAUGUGGCUGGGGCAGUACUAAAGAAAGGUGUGGGGGUGAAGAUGUGUGGCUGGAGGUGAGGAAGCACAGUGGCAGGCAGGCAUGAAUGCGGGGGGAUGGUGUUGCAGGACAAGGAAUGAUGGUAGACAUGUGUGGCUGGGUCCGGGAA